CUAGUCCAUUUCCAAUCCCCCAAUCUAAUAAUUCCUAAUCCGAUUCCAAAUUCGAAUAAAAAACCUAAACCAACAAAUUUCCUUUCACAAACUCAAAAUCUUCAACCAGAACAAGAACCUAAAAUGGCGCUCAGUUCAAUGCAUCAGAUCAGCACUCUGUUUCCAGCGGCGAAUUGCAACAACGAUCAUUCAUCUCAAUCGAGGGUUCCGGCGGUUACAGCGGCGGUGAGGACGGUCCCAGCGGCAGCGAUUUUGCGAUCUAGGGUUUCGAAUCGAGAAAGAGAAGAGGUAAUCGUAUCAUCAUUGGACAGAGUCCGGCGGAGUUUCUCGGUGUCGUGUAGAGCUUCGACGGCGGCGGAGGUGGAGGUGGAGGAGGAGAAAGGAGGAAAAAGGAGAGGAGUGCCGGUGUUUGUGAUGAUGCCGUUGGAUAGUGUGACGAUGGGGAAUAAGGUGAACCGGAGGAAGGCGAUGGAGGUGAGUUUUCAGGCGAUGAAAGGGGCGGGAGUGGAGGGAGUUAUGGUGGAUGUGUGGUGGGGAUUGGUGGAGAAGGAGAGGUCCGGCGAGUAUAACUUCGGCGGUUAUGAAGAGCUUUUGGGUAUGGCGGCGAAAUACGGGCUGAAAGUUCAGGCCGUCAUGUCGUUCCAUCAAUGUGGAGGGAACGUCGGCGAUUCCUGCACAAUUCCAUUACCGAGAUGGGUGGUGGAGGAGAUGCAGAAAGAUCCGGACCUUUGCUACACAGAUCAAUGGGGGAGAAGGAACUUGGAAUACGUAUCUUUAGGAUGCGAUAAUCUUCCUGUCUUAAAGGGCCGAGCUCCAGUUCAAUGUUACGUCGAUUUCAUGCGUGCCUUCAAGCAAAACUUCAAUCACCUCCUCGGCAACACCAUCGUCGAAAUACAAGUAGGAAUGGGACCAGCUGGAGAGCUUCGUUAUCCAUCGUAUCCAGAACAAAAUGGCACAUGGAGAUUCCCAGGCAUUGGAGCCUUCCAAUGUUUUGACAAGUACAUGCUAAGUAGCUUAAAAGCUGCAGCCAAUGCAGCCGGGAAACCGGAAUGGGGCUUGUCCGGCCCAACCGAUGCCGGUCACUACAAUAACUGGCCAGAGGACACCUGGUUCUUCAAGAAAGAAGGUGGAGGUUGGAAUUCCUCUUAUGGUGAAUUCUUCCUCUCAUGGUACUCCCAAAUUCUCCUUGAACAUGGGGAUAUGAUACUUUCACAUGCUUCCUCAAUCUUCAAACCUUCUAACGUGAAGAUCUCGGUGAAAAUUGCCGGCAUCCAUUGGCAUUAUGGAUCUCGGUCUCAUGCCCCUGAGCUCACUGCAGGAUACUACAACACACGGUACCGCGACGGUUACACACCAAUCGCACGAAUGUUGGCUCGCCAUGGUGCCAUCUUCAACUUCACUUGUAUUGAAAUGCAUGACCAUGAGCAGCCUCAGGAUGCACAAUGUGCUCCUGAGAAGCUUGUUGAACAAGUUCGGUUGGCAACUCGAAAGGCUCAAAUCCCACUCGCAGGAGAAAAUGCAUUGCCACGAUACGACGAGUAUGCACACGAGCAAAUCGUGAGGGCAUCAUCGUUGGAAGGCGAUAGAGAGAUGUGUGCAUUUACAUACUUGAGGAUGAAUACUCAGUUGUUUGAAGAAGAAAAUUGGAGAAGGUUUGUGGGAUUUGUGCAGAAGAUGAAAGGAGGGAAGAUGAAUGGCCAUAGAAGUUGGGAAGAAAAGAAGCAGCAGCAAGUUGAAAAGCAUGUGCCUAAUCUACAAAGUCGGACUAAUUUGUUCCAAAGAGUUUAGGUCACCUCUUCAAAUUCCACCUUUUAAAAUUUUUAGUACCACAACUUGUGGAAUGUGUAAAUUAUAGAUGCAAGCAAGUAGGUAUUGUUAAAUAAUCUGAUUUAGGUUAAGCAUAUUUUUUAGUAUAUAAUAAUUGUCCAAUGUAGCAAUUUGGCAAAAUCAUAAUGGCAAAUUUGCCCAUGUAAAAAGUUAAGAUUUUCGGAUAUAGCACACUAUUUAUCAUUUAUUUGCUAUUACUUUC